UCAGAGAUAAACUCGACCGGUGCGCGCCUGGCCUGGGGCCGCCCCGCCGGGAGCAGUCUGCAGGCGUCGUUGGCGAGGGUAAAGUGAGGUCCUCCCGGACCUUGCCAGCUUGAGGCGCGAUGGACGCCGGCCGUCAGUCUGGGAUGCCGGCGGAGCUGCAGGAGGUCAUCCUGGCCCUGCGGCGGCUCGGACCCGGGCCUGGGGGGCUGACCAGAGAGACGGCCCCGGCGAGGCUGACCCGCGCGCUGCUGCUCGCGAUGCGGCGGGGGAACGUGGAGCACCUGACGGACGUGCUGGUGGCUGCAGACGAGCGGCUCGGGGGCCGUGCGGCGGAGGACUGCCUGGGCGAGGCCUGGCGCACCUUCUGCGCACUCAACCUGCCGACGGGGAAUACGGGCUUGGACUUAGCUGUUGUGGCCGACAUGGUCAUGCUACGCUACGGCGAGUCCCCCGGGGAAGCGACGCGCGACGACACGCCCCUGGCCACCAGCACGCAGGCGCGGUGGCACGAGCUGUGGGGCCGCGUGGACCUGCUGCUGGAUUAUUUGCGGCGCCUCGAGGACGAGCUGGAGCGGCUCCAGCGCCGCGACCGGGCGCCGGGCAGCGCCGACCUGGGCGUGAUGCUGGCCAGGAUGUGCGCCCUGGCCCUGCACGGCGUCAAGGGGUCCUUCGCGGCCACGUACACGGACGUGCCGUGGGAGGAGAUGGAGUACCUCCUCGUCAUGUUCAUCGAGGCGCGCACCGUGAACGCGACCUGGGCCGACCGGGUGGCCACCGCCCGGAGCACGCCGGCCCACCUGCGGUGCUUCAGGGAGCGGCUGGAGAAGUACGUGCUGGUGCACCGCGCCGAGCCCGACCCGGAGGAGGCCAUGAGGCGGCUGGAGAGGGCGCCGCGGGAGGAGAGGGCUGAUCUCCUCGUCGCGGUCGUGGACAGCGCUCUCGACGAGCUGCUCCGGGACUUCGCCCGACUGAGGGACUGGCACUCACUGAAGGAGAUCAGCGAGACUCUUCGUGUCGCCGGCGAGCAGGCGCUCGAUCUGGAGGACGACGCCUGGGCAGCUUGGGGCUGGCUCGUCGUUCUGUGGGGGCUGUUCGUGGUGGGGGAGAGGGUGAAGUACUCGUGGCUCUCGCCGAACCUGUCGCCCCGCUGGGCUCGUCUCGUGGAGGCGAUGGUGCCCGGCGGCGUCCUGGCGACAAUGGCUGCCAUCCGGGACUGCCAGGGGCUCGGGAAAGAGGGCUCGAACGCGGAGGCGCUGGCGUUGCCAGAGAUGAAGGGACCAGAGAGGAAAAGGAUGGCAGGGGAGUUGGAGAAACUGAGCAACGCCGCUCGCGCUGCUCUGUUGGAGGCAGAAAGUGAGGUGGAUUGUGGUGAGAGCAGUGACUACUUUGAGAUGAUGCGUGCAGCAAAAGUACGCAGUGGACGUGCAAAGCACCUAAUUUCCACAGAAGUAAUAAGAAUAUUGAGAAAAAAAGAAAAUGCAGCCGAAGACCACUUUAAUGAAAUCCUUAGCUGUUCCAAUCUUCUUCAAAACAUAGACGAUCGCGAUCCGUCUCAUUUAAAACUGCUGUUUGGACGUUUUGUAAGUCUGACGUGGCAUUUUGCUCUUCAUCAUCUAACAGUGGAUAUUCCACGGGUCUGCAGCCUACUCUUUCACAGAACAUCAAAACACACAGAAAGCUUUCAGGCUCAACUUUGCGAAAUCGUCCCUCAACCAGGAAGCAGCUCGCCGGACACUAUUGUGAAGGCGCUAAAGGUCAUGCGAACCAUCCCAGUAAAGGGGCCGCUCACUCCGUAUGCCUGCGCUCUGCAUGGAGCUGUGAGAGAGCUCGCAUCUCGCUGGCACGAGCAUGACCCGGUGGUGCCCACGACGCAUGUCCCCUUCUCCCCCACCCUGUUCGGACGUGAGUUGCGGGACUACCUCAACCAUCUGGACGAGGUCUUCGGCUCGGUCUUCCGCCCCAGUUUCGAGUUGCUUGGCGUAAAUAACUUGAUGCUAAACGGACCUCCGCUGCUCAACGGCGCCAGGCCGCGGCUGCGAGACCUGCGAUGGUCCCGGGCCGAGAACGAGCGGCUGCUGCGCCUCUUGGAGCUGAAGAGCGACAUGUUCCGCUGCGCGAGAGAGGGUGAUUUGGUCUGGCUGCAGCGCCUGGUCGUGGACGGCGCCGACGUCGGUGUCCGCGACUGCCAGGGCCGCACCCUGCUGCACGCCGCAGCUCACGGCGGCCAGGUCCACGUCGUGGAGUGGCUGCUGGGGCUGGGCGCCGAGGCCGUGGACCCGCUCGCCGAGGACUGGCACGCGUACACCGCCCUGCACGUAGCUGGGACAGCGCCCGUGGCGGAGGCGCUGCUCGCCGCACGUCCAGUGCGCCAGGCUGCAGUGCAGGACGGAGCCCCGACGCCGCUCCACGCCGCCGCGCUGGAGGGCCGUGCCGAGGUGGUGGCCGUGCUCCUACGGGAGCCUCGCCCCGGCGACCUCGCCGCCGUGUUCAUGGGGAUGUCACCCCUGCACUGUGCUGCCCUGGGCGGCCACGACAGGGUGGUGCGUCUGCUCCUGCAGGCCGGCGCGCGCUACCCGGCCCACCACCCUGAUAAAGUCACGCCCCUUGACGUGGCUGCGCGCUCCCCCGGCGGCGGCCCCGCGGUGCGGGUGCUGCUCCAGGGCACCCGCCCCCCGCCUACGGACGAGGACUGCUUGGAGGCCGCUUCCCAGGCUGCUCGGCGCGGCCACGAGCAGCCCUUCGCCCUGCUGGCGGACGAGCUCUCGGCUCGCGGGCGGCUCUCGCCCGGCCGACAUAUGACCUUCGUCCUGUACUGCGCGGGCAUUGGAGGGAGCAGCGCCAUCGCGCUGCGGCUGCUGGACCUGUUCUCAGGCGACGGACUGGGCCUGGCCGGGCGCACAGUCCUGCUCGGCGCUGUCUUCAAGGGCCAUCGUGAGCUCGUGGGAGCUCUCGUCGACCGCGGCGUGGACCCGCUGAGCGACGACAACCCGCAGGGUUUGACUGCACUCGAGGGUGCUGUGCUGGGUGACUCUCCGGACACCAUCGACGCCCUGGUGGAGCGCAUCCCGGGCGUCUGCCGGCAGACGGCCCUCAGCAGGGCGCUGCACCGGGCCACGAUCUACGGCCGUCUCCCGACCGUGCAGCGGCUCGUGCACCACGGCGCGGCCAUUGACGUGGCGGACAGAGACGGCACGACAGCCCUGGCCAGAGCCGCUUCGGUGGGUCACAUCGAGGUGGUGGAGUGGCUGCUCCAGCAGGGGGCCGACCCGCGCCUCGGCGAGGACCCUCCCCUGCUCUUGGCCGCGCAGUGCGGACACCUGGAUGUGGUCGAGCUACUCGUGCCGCCGCUACCAGAGGGCCGGGCCGCGCACCAGGACGAGGGCCAGGCCGGCCCCUCCGUCAGGCUCCCGAGGCUCAAACACGGGCCAGAGAGGAGCACCACGGAGCAGGAGGAAGCUGAGCGCCUCCGCCUGCUGCAGCAGGCCGGCAGUGGUGGCUUCACGGCCCUGCACAGUGCGGUGGCCGUGAGCGCGCUCCCCAUCGUGGAGUACCUGCUGGACCGGGAGGAGGAGCUCCUGCGCCGGGUCCACUCCAAGCACGCGGACGCGGAGCUGCCGAGGCUGGAAGGCAUAACCGUGUACGCGCGGGACGAGUGCGGCGUAUCGGGCUUGAUGCUCGGCUGUGUGAUGCUCUGCGCGCCGAGCGUGGCGGAGGCGCUGCUCCUGCGGAUGGGGGACGCGCUGUGGAUGGCCCUGGGCCGCAAGGACCUGCAGCAGGUGCGCGGGAUGGCGGCGGAGGCCCUGGGGCUCGCGGCUGUGCAGCCCGGCGGCAGCGGCCUGGUCCACGCGCUCUGCGGGUGGAUCAGCCGCAGCGGUGAGGGCCUGCUGGGCGGCGGCGGGCUGCAGGACAUCCGGCGCAGGGCCGUGGCGGCGCUGGGCUCCGCGGGGGACGCGGGAGGCGGUGAAGUGAUACAGCCGUGGAAUCGCGUGCUCUGCGUGCCCAAGUGCGUGGGGCUGGGUGUGGACGUGCCGCAGACCAUGCGCCGAACUGCCCAGGUGGCGAUGUCCGCCUGCCUGGGGCAGGGCGCGCGCGGAGAGAUGGCGGUGCAGCUGCUGUGCCAGUGGCUGUGCGACCUGAGCGGGGACCCCGUGCCCGAGAGCGUCAUCCAGAGCAUGGGGCGCGAGGCGCUCGGCAUCGCGCGGGAGAGGGGUGACCCUAAGAGUAUCGAGUUCCUGAGCAUGUUUGAAAGUGCUGGCACCGGGUCGGCGCUGGCCUCGGUGUCCAGGGCGUUCGCCCGCCUGUUCUGUUGCUCGUCGUCCACCACCGCAGCCACAGAUGCCCGAGGCUGAUGCUCCUGGAAGGUUAUCCCUGCCAGGCCACGUCGUCCCGACCGCGGCUCUUCGUGUCCUGGGCCCCAUCUGCCGACCGAUCAUUCCGGUCGCAGAAUAAAAGAGGCACUAAUCGUAAUCGAGGCAUUUUGUAGUUCCGUGUUUUGGUGCAAUUCCGAUGUUAAUACUGUUCAGAUUUUAACAUUGCUGGUGGAAAUCAAUAAACAAAAAAUGAUUACUAUGGAA